AUGCAAGCACCUCGCUGGAACCCCUCCACGAACGCGGCCUCCAAGGCCAAGCCUGGACCGACCACGUCGGCCCGUACGACGCGCGCCGCCUCGACUGUUUGCACGCGCAUGCAUCGGGCGACGACAGCGCCGGAAGCGAUGGCCGUUCCCGGACGCCACGCCCGUGAGCUCGCUGCCUUGCGCGCCGAGUACGAAGAACGCCUCGAGAGCCUCCGCACCGACUGCCAGAUGCAGUUGGCAGCGUUGGCCACGACCUUGCGCGCCGAGCACCAAGCCAACAUUGCCGCUGUGACGACGACGCUGCAGCAAGAACACCAGGAAGCCUUGGCUGCCUCGGAUGCCAAGCUGCGCCAAGAACACUCGAUCAAAGAGUUGGCUCUGACCACCGAGCUUGCGACGCUGGCCGCGCAGCACGACGCCAACCUCGAGCGCGCUCGCAUCCAGCACACUCGAUCGGAGGGCCUGCAACGCGAUCUCCACACGCUCGCCAAGCUCAACCACCGUCUCCAGACCACGAUGACGGCGGAGGCUGCCACGACACAAAAGAUCGCUGAUGAGGCGCAUGUCGCAGAGCGUUACACCUCAGAGAUCGAAGGGCAGCUGCACCAAGCGACGGCCGACCUCGCAGCGGCGACCGAUGCCAUCGCUGCGUUGACACGGGCGGCAACCACCAAGGACAACCUCGCCGCCUCGCUUCAAGCGACACUCGAGCUCACGACCAGCAACCUCGCACACGCCGAGCACACGCUCGACCAGACCAAGCGCGACCUUGCAACGUCCAAGACGACCGAAGACGACAACGCGAUCCGCCUUCGCGAUGCUACAAGCACCAUUCAGAGCAUGGGCGAGCGCAUCCAGAUGCUCCAAGCGGACUUGGACGGCCAUGAGCAGCGGUCGUUCCGUGAAGCGUCGGCGAAGGACAACGCCUUGGUCUUGCAUCAAGAUUGCAUCGAUGAACUACUGGGUCAGCUUGCCGUGGCCAAGAUGGCCGCUGGCAGCGCCCAGCUCCUUCACGAAGCGACGAUUGAGACCAAGGACAAGACCAUUCGCUGCCUUCACGUCGACCUUGACGACGGCGUCCAGCAAGCCAAGACGCUCCGUGAUGUUGUCGACCAGCUCAAGGGCGACUUGAUCGCAAAGCGCGAGCUUCUGGCGACGCGCGACGACCAAAUUCGCAAUAUCCAAGCCCAGCUCGACGCCGCCAAGGCCCAGAUGUCUACAGCAACAACGACCGAUCGCAGCGCCCAAGUCGUCUCAGCCGUGUCCAUCAACCGGCUCGCCCAAGUGCUUCAACUCGCUCAAAGCAAGAUCCAAGCCACAAAAGCCGAGUGCCAAGCGCUCCUGGCGACAAACAACGCGAUCGACGAAGACGCCUACGAUGGACGCCACCACCACCCACGCAUCUCGGUGCAUCGAGUCAACAAGCCAACGCCGCGACGAUAGUAGCAAAGACCUAAGUAGAACAGUGACGUGAUAUCUAACAGCAUAUAAUACGAAAAAAUGAAACAA